AUGUGGCCGAGCGGCGUGCCCUGGCUGUCACCUCCUCCUCAGGCUUUCAUCUCCCGCGGCCGUGUCUCCUCCUGGGGCCGCGAGCUCAAAACACCGCCCGAGUCUCAGGGAAAAGGGUCGGAACUGAUGUCUGAAUUAGUUGAUCGUUGCGAGAAGACGUCUCGCCGAACGGGAGAGCGUUGCUGUCGGCCCAAAGUAAAGUCAUCACGGUCUCAUCACGGUCCAGUCUCAUCACGGUCUCAUCACGGUCCAGUCUCAUCACGGUCCUGCCUCAUCACGGUCUCAUCAUGGUCCUGCCUCAUCACGGUCCUGCCUCAUCACGGUCUCAUCACGGUCCUGCCUCAUCACGGUCUCAUCAUGGUCCUGCCUCAUCACGGUCCUGUCUCAUCACGGUCUCAUCACGGUCCUGCCUCAUCACGGUCUCAUCACGGUCCAGUCUCAUCACGGUCCUGCCUCAUCACGGUCUCAUCAUGGUCCUGCCUCAUCACGGUCCUGCCUCAUCACGGUCUCAUCACGGUCCUGUCUCAUCACGGUCUCAUCACGGUCCUGCCUCAUCACGGUCUCAUCAUGGUCCUGCCUCAUCACGGUCCUGUCUCAUCACGGUCCGGCCUCAUCAUGGUCCUGACUCAUCAUGGUCCUGCCUCAUCACGGUCCUGUCUCAUCACGGUCUCAUCACGGUCUCAUCACGGUCCUGCCUCAUCACGGUCUCAUCAUGGUCCUGCCUCAUCACGGUCUCAUCAUGGUCCUGCCUCAUCAUGGUCCUGCCUCAUCAUGGUCCUGCCUCAUCACGGUCCAGUCUCAUCACGGUCCAGUCUCAUCACGGUCCUGCCUCAUCACGGUCUCAUCAUGGUCCUGCCUCAUCAUGGUCCUGCCUCAUCACGGUCCUGUCUCAUCACGGUCCGGCCUCAUCAUGGUCCUGCCUCAUCAUGGUCCUGCCUCAUCACGGUCCUGUCUCAUCACGGUCCGGCCUCAUCAUGGUCCGGCCUCAUCACGGUCCUGUCUCAUCACGGUUUCAGCACGGUCCUGCCUCAUCACAGUCUCAUCAUGGUCCUGCCUCAUCACGGUCCAGUCUCAUCACGGUCUCAUCAUGGUCCUGCCUCAUCACGGUCCUGUCUCAUCACGGUUUCAGCACGGUCCUGCCUCAUCACAGUCUCAUCAUGGUCCUGCCUCAUCACGGUCCUGUCUCAUCACGGUCCUGCCUCAUCACGGUCUCAUCACGGUCCUGCCUCAUCACGGUCCAGUCUCAUCACGGUCCCAUCAUGGUCCUGCCUCAUCACGGUCCUGCCUCAUCACGGUCUCAUCACGGUCCUGCCUCAUCACGGUCCUGCCUCAUCACGGUCUCAUCACGGUCCUGCCUCUUCAGUUUCUUGA